UGAUCUUGACUUUCAAGCGCCUGUGCGAUCAAUUGACAUUGACAACGAACUUGGAAACUGAUUUUGUACGCUUUCUCUUGCAAUAUGACAGCCCUAAGUAUGGGCGCUUUUGGCGCCUAUCGAUUACAAUACAGUAAAUAUUUAAAAGAACAAGACGAGAGGGCGAGGAAAGAAAGUGAAGAUCCAGAAACUGUGUGGGUAACAAAACGUUAUAUUCCAACAGAUUUACGGACAACUGCACCAGUCCCUAGACACAAGUUAUUAGCUCCAAAAGAACUUCCAUUUCCAGACCGGCACUGGGUUCCCCCUACAGAUCCACCACUUAGAGGUUUUGAAAGGAAAACGCUUCCAGUCAUUUUUAGAUCUCAUCCAAGUACAAGAUCUGAACAAUAUUCAACACUUCGACAAAUGUUGCCGUCAAAGGGAAGUUAUGGUACAUUUCCACCUCCUCGCUGGGGAACUGGAUGUGGUGUUCCAGUGGUGUAUGAAGAGCGACCCCAAAAGAGAUUUCCAAUCAUAAAUAGUCCAAUGACAAUGUACGUAGAUGAGAUGCAUACAACCAACAAAUUGUUCAAGUUGCAUUAGAAAAGGAGAAGAAAUUCUUUAUCGAAAACCAAAAACGGAAUUUAAAUGAUUGCUUCGUUAUCAUAUAGUUAUCUUCCAUGACUGAACCAAACUUUAUCGUUUUCCUUAUGCAAUCAUGAAAAGUUACUAUUUUAUUCCAUACCAGUAUUCAUUGUGUGCUAGAAGAUCUCUUGUAAUUAUGAAACCAUUCAGUAUUAUGUCAUGAAAUAUUGUUAUUAUUGUUAAUAAUUGUUUGUUACAUGUCUUUCUUGAUAGAUAUAUUUUUGAUAGAAGUUUUUUUCACAUUUGA